AUGCCCGUCUCCGUGUGCAAGAAACCAUUUGCGGACGCUUCUGCUCUCCAAUAUGUAGCGAAUGGUGCGCAUAACCGCGAUAUAUUUGGCAAUGAAGAUGGCGGACCCCCUUUGACUUGCGGCAUCAUGGCAAUCACCAAGCACGAUAGUGGAGGAACGAGUGCCAAGUCACCAUGUACCGGAUAUGUCAUUGUCACCGAGGGUGAGCUAUCCUUGGAAGAUGCUGCCAAACCUGGAGACAUCUCAAUCUUGGAGCCUGGCAACGUUAUCCGCAUCGACAAAGGUACAACUAUCACCUGGUCCUCCCGAACUUCGGGAAAAGCGAUUUACGUUGGCCAAUAUGAAUACGGGAUGGACCAGAAGAAGUAUCUGGUUUAA